AUGAUGAAUAUGCUACAACCCAGUUCGCAAGGUCGGGCAAAGGCGGCAUUAAAACAUAUUGGAAACAAGCCUAACGAGUAUCAUUACGAGGAGGGGAAAUUCAAUAGGUUCCUAUCCAAAAUAGCUGACGGAGCCAGCAAUACUUUUGGCGAAGCUCUCCAAUCGAUGUCCACAACAUACAAGCAAAUAGAGGACUUGAAGAAAGAGCGUGAAAGUGAACUGAAGAAUCGAAUCUUCAAUCAAAACCUGAAGGACAUAACCAGGGAGUUGGAAAACCUAGCGCCGGAGGCUGAAAAUAUAUUCUAUUUAGGCGAUAUGCGAGCCGCCGUAUGGCGCAAAGGCCAGAUCCUGAAAAUUCUUCUGGUUGACUCCUUUUAUGUGUUUAAUGAACAACUUUGCUUGCACGAAGGACGUUUUACCUGCGUAUGCACAUUUUUAAUCGCCCUCGUCUUCUCUGACGCUGAUGAGAAAGUCCCCUACUGGGACUAG